AGUCUGAACGCAGCAGCCGAGCAGUGCGCAGCUUGAGUGUAUAAUUACAUUAAUCCACAGAGCUGUGUGUGAGAGGAACGCGCUGGCUUUCUGUCUGCAGGACACACUGAGGGGACAUGUGCGGAUGAAGACUUUAAUCGGCAUGUUGUGUUUCUGUGUCAAGUCUGUGCUGUACCGCGGACACAGGCUAGCGUUAGCACCGAGGAGAUGCUGCUCUUCCCUCAGAAACGGCAGAAUGCCGUGCUCAGGAGCGACAGACGGAGCCGCAGUGUCCCCUGUGAAGAAGAGCAGGACUGAGGAGCUGAAUGGAGGCAUCGUGCUAAAGUUCGCUAAACUGUCCGAGCAUGCUACUGCCCCGAGCCGAGGCUCUGCUAAAGCCGCGGGGUACGACCUGUACAGUGCAUAUGAUUACUCGAUCGCACCGAUGGACAAGGCCAUAGUAAAGACGGACAUCCAGAUCGCCGUUCCUGCAGGGUGUUACGGCCGAGUCGCUCCUCGCUCUGGUCUGGCGGCAAAGCACUUUAUCGAUGUUGGAGCGGGUGUGGUCGAUGAGGACUACAGAGGGAACGUCGGGGUCGUCCUCUUCAACUUUGGCAAGGAGACGUUUGAAGUGAGGAAGGGAGACAGAGUGGCUCAGCUAGUGUGUGAGAGGAUCUGCUACCCUGACCUGCAGGAGCUGGCGACGCUGGAUGAGACUGAGAGAGGUGCUGGGGGAUUCGGCUCCACUGGGCGGAGCUAAAAAUGUUGGUUUUAUUUAAAUAAAUGUUUAAAAAAAAAAAACAGCUUUGUAUUUCAAAUGUUUUCUGCAUAAUUAUGAGUUUGUGCUGAUGUAGUACAGUGUUGGACCACCAAAUGGUGCUAUUAUAUUCAUUCAGUUACUGUAAUGUUAAUGAUUUAAGUUUUUUUUGUUUAGGAUUUAAGAAUAAAACUUGGUGUUUAUAAA